AUGGCGACGCCGUCACCUCUUGCGAGAAGGCCCUCUGCUCCUCAACCUCAAGGACGACGUCCGCUGGCAGUGAGCACUACUCGUCGACCCUCGGGCGGUCCUGCAGCUGUAAAUGCCAAUGCCGGAGCAGCAGCAGCAGGGGGAGUAGCGGUCAUGUCCCCCAUAUCUCUACCUUCCCCGCCUGUACAGCGGCCUUCCCCUCCCCAGAACGGGCGGGGCACCCCCCGUGUCCAGGCACUCAAGAACGCCCCGCCAGUAAGGUCACCGCAUACACCUUUCCGUCCCCCUCCCCAACAACGGCAUUCCCUCCCCGCCCCAGCGAUCCAGGUUCUCCCAUCUCCCUCUCCUCCCCCACCAAGCGAAAGCACACACACACCUCACCGGCAUGCCUCCCAAACACCCUCCCCAUCCCUGCGCCCCGUUAUUCCACCCUCUUCACUCUCCUCUUCUCCUGCUUCUUUUUGGGCCACCACGGAAGAUUUGGCUUCGGACGACGACCUGAUCACGGAGGUUGACGAGCAUGCGCCGGACGAGGAAUUUAUCAGGUCCCUACAGGGCGUAGGGGCACUGCAUACCAAGCAACUACGAUCUCUCAAACGACUGCUAGAACAAAGUCAGACAGGUGCAGCAAGUCAGCUCCACGCCCUCCAAGCCGAGUCGCGCAACCUCCGGCUUGAGAUGGCUAGGGAAAGAGUUGACAGGGAGAGAGCGGAGAGGGCACUAGAGAGGGAAAGAGUGAGGCGUCCGCCUGAGGCGACGCUGGAUAUGACACAGGUUGUGAGAGGGAGCUUGGAGGGCAGUAUAAGGGAUUCCGAGGUUAGAGGUGCUUUGAGGACUCUGAGACCUGCGGAGAGGAUGCGAUUGAUACAUAUCAUUCUUGACUCCUGCCUCCCAGGAGAUAUAAGCAGCAUGAUCCGACUUCUAGACAAAUAUCUCAAAUCAACAUUUGACGUGCUCGGGAACCUCCCCGAAGAACUAGCAAUUCAAACCCUGGCUUACUUGUCCGUGCCUGAGCUUUUGGCUGUAGAACCGGUCUCCCACACAUGGCAGGGGUUAGUACAUCAUCCGGCUUUGUGGAGGGGUCACUGUCUGCGGCUCUCAGCUACAGAUCCUGUGCCUCUCCGUCCUCCUGCCAAUCCCUCAGGCUGGGAACCUCUCUACCGUGGCCUGCACCACCGCGAGUCGAACUGGUCCCUCGGGCUCGCACAAUCCCUGCGCCUCCUUCCCGGUCAUACGGGAUACGUCACCACCCUCCACCUUCGGGGAACGCGCCUCUUCUCGGGAAGCUAUGACGAGACUGUCCGGGUUUGGGACUUGACGAGCGGGGAAGUCGUCAAGGAGCUGAAGGUGAAGGCGGUGAGCUGCUUGGAGAGCUUAGCGGAGGAGGAAGUGUUUGCCGUUGGGUUCCACGACGUUGGCCGCGUCCAGAUAUUCUCUUCCCUCACCUGGUCCCCCCUUCAAACUCUCCAAGGCCACCUCUACGGCAUUCGUGCCCUCUCCCUCAACAGCACAUACCUCGUCUCUGCCGGCGCGGACAAAGCGCUCGUUUGCUGGGACUGGCGUGCAGGGACGAAGAUAGUGAGGUUCGGACAGCAGACGAAUCUGAAUAUUGGAGUGCAGUUGUUGGGCGAGGAUCGGGUGGUGGGGGUGACGGUUGAUGGAGUUGUUAGGACGUUUUCGAUCCCGAGGAGGGAGAUGUUGUCCCAGUUUAGGCUGAGUGAUCUGGGUUUGAACCUGCUUGCUGAUGGCAGGCUGGGCGGAGUGGGCCAAGGGCAAAAUACGUUGCAGUGGUUCGCAGCCAAAGGAAGGAACAUGACAUGCGCAACGAAAUCCCUUAUCCUACGACUUGAAUGGCCCGAAGAAGGUUCAGAUUCCUCCCGCACAACCGGCCUCCCCUCUCCACUCGCUUCUCGUCACCCUACUCAGCGAAAAGUUUCCGCUCCCCUUCCUUCCCCCGGCUUCCCCCCCGGAGUAGCCACACCCCAGCGCACAGACACCCUCCGCCGCUCCUCCCUCGGCCGUGUGUCUGUCGCUUCGGCCGCAUCGACCCCGAGGAGCGUGACGUUCGACGUCCCUCUAGGGAAGCUGCCAAGGAUUGUGAGCAUUACGGACACUCCGGAUAUCUCGGUAGGAGCGGUGGAUCCUAUCAAGGGACGGGUGGUGACCAGCACGAGGUUCUCGACGCGGACGGGGGCGGAUAGGAGGAUAUUCGUCUCAACCUGUCGGGCCACACAGUCUGGCCAAAGCCCUCAUCGGCCCCCCUUAGAUGGGGAACAAAAUUCCGAAAGCGGCAGCUCACAACCUGCUCAAGCUGGAAACGAUAUCCUCCCCAUUACGGGAAUAUGGCAAGCCUCAUCCGAGGAACUCGCUAUGCCUGAAAAGAACCCGAUGAGCAUCGCGCUUGAUCAUGAGGAGAUGGUGGUGGGAUGUGCCGAUGGCACUAUCUAUGUACUUGGAUUUGUGGGAGACACAUUUAGAGUUGGAGAGCCGGAUCAGGAGGGAUGAGGAAUGAAGGAAGUCGGUUAGAGUGGAGCAUUUUCUUGAGUUCAUUGACCCAAUUUUGGCCUGCCUUGCACAUGCAUUCAUUUAUUCCCAUCAUGUUUUACUACCCCUACCGCAUUGCGAUUCCUUACGACCUUUCAUGUCGCUCGCGAUUCCUUUUUUCAUUUCAUGACUUUUGCUUGGAUAUACGAACGACAGUUAUG